UCCAUCUGAGCUGCUGCUUGGAGAGAUUUGAGCCGCCGCUCCACUGACAGGAGACCAGAGCAGGUGGCUGCAUGAAAAUGCCCUCUAGAGCAGACCUGCAGUGAUCUGGACAAGAAGCACAACAGGGAUGAAUGCGUCCGACGACUCCUCGUUCCAGCAGGAGCUGCUGUUUGGUAACUCCACGUUGGGUUACUAUUACUAUCACCAAAACUACACCCUGCCCCCUUCCUUACUCCCAGACAAGACCGGCACCCCCAAGCCUACAGCAUGCGAGCAGGUCCACAUCGCCACAGAGGUCUUCCUGAUUCUCGGUAUCAUCUCUUUGCUGGAGAACAUCCUGGUCAUUACAGCCAUUAUAAAGAACAAGAACCUCCACUCACCCAUGUACUUCUUUGUCUGCAGUCUGGCUGUAGCUGACAUGCUGGUGAGUGUGUCCAAUGCCUGGGAGACGAUCAUCAUUUACCUCCUCAACAACAGACAGCUGGUGGUGGAGGACCACUUCAUCCGGCAGAUGGACAACAUGUUCGACUCCAUGAUCUGCAUCUCUGUUGUCGCAUCAAUGUGUAGCCUACUGGCCAUCGCCGUGGAUAGGUAUGUCACUAUCUUCUAUGCACUGAGAUACCACAACAUUAUGACGGUGAAGAGAGCCGGCUGCAUCAUCGCGGGGAUCUGGACCUUCUGCACAGGCUGUGGGAUCGUUUUCAUCAUCUACUCAGACACCACCCCCGUCAUCAUCUGCCUGGUCUCCAUGUUCUUUGCCAUGUUGUUGCUCAUGGCCUCCCUUUACAGCCACAUGUUCAUGCUGGCACGUUCGCACGUCAAGCGCAUCGCCGCCCUGCCUGGUUACAACUCCAUCCACCAGCGGGCCAGCAUGAAAGGGGCGAUCACGCUGACGAUUCUGCUGGGGAUUUUCAUCGUCUGCUGGGCCCCGUUCUUCCUCCACCUGAUCCUCAUGAUCUCCUGUCCCAGGAACCUCUACUGCGUGUGCUUCAUGUCCCACUUCAACAUGUACCUCAUCCUCAUCAUGUGCAACUCUGUGAUUGACCCGCUGAUCUACGCCUUCAGGAGUCAGGAGAUGAGGAAGACAUUUAAGGAGAUCAUCUGUUGUUACAGUUUGAGAAAUGUCUUCACCAACAUCUGCGCUCUGACAGGUAAGUACUAAGAAAUAGAGACUGAAAACACGAAUGACAGCAUGGACAGAGUUGGGGGAAAAUGGAUGUGAUGGACAUGAGGAAACAAAUUUGGCACUAGUGGGAGGUUCUUUGAAUACGUGACUGAAGCAAAACACACUGUAUGAGAACCAGUUAAUUGCACUUUUCAUGGCAACCAGGUAAAUGCACAGUGACUAGUAAAGCACAGUUUUGUGUUCUGCCCAGAAAGCAUCAAAACAACAGUAGAUAUCUGGAAAGGGGACACUCUAACAUAUGGGAAUGUUAGGCUGUUUUCUCUUAAAUGUGUCUCUUGUAGCGGCCAGUUUAUUGCUACAUUAUUAUGCACACCGUCCUGCUGGAAGUGCUUCAUCGCCGACACUGCUCUUACUCUCCUCUGACCUUUUUCAUUGCUGAGUUGUUUUUGCCCGCAGGGCUCCUGCUGAUAGGAUAGUUUUGUUUUGCCAUAUAAUUCUCAUUAAAACUUAGACACUGCUGUGUAUGACCAACAAACACGAGAGUGGAGCCUCACUGAUACUGGAUUUUUGGGGCCAAUAGAGAUAUUUUAGAGUGCUAAAAUGUAUCAUUAUUAUUAUUAUUAUUAUUAUUAUUAAAUACAUAAAACAUGUUUUAGGAGAGAAUCAAAUUCAGCACCCAGAUGUUACAGUUACUGUUACAGUUAACAAUGAACUUUGUCACUUCUUUGUCACUAUCUUGACAACCAGCAGCUCAGCUGUGCCACAAAGUAUUGUUAACAAUGGAAUGUAUUUAAAGAUAAUCCUGUUGUAAAACAUCUCAACUUGCUGAUCUGUCUUUUCUUGCAUAUUGGGCACAUACGCCAAUAUCGAUACAUGCGAUGCGCUAACAUGGACCAAUAAUAUUGGCCCAAUCAAUAUAUAUCAGUUGGCCUCUACAUUCCACGCACAGUCGCUUAUAUCUUAUCAUUUUAAGACACUAUCAAAUGGAAG